CCUCAAUCCAACUGAAAAUGCUCAUCAAUUUCAAUGGAACCAAUCAAAGGAACCAUCAUCUUCUCCACCGUCGGCCGCCCUUACUACGCCUUCGACAUCUUCUCUCUCCCAAUCCCUUCUAAUCUCUCCAACUUGGCCUCCCACUCCGACCAAUGUCUCACCGACGGAAUCUCCAUCAAUUUCAACGCCCAAUUCAUACCAGACCAAAACAACCAAAACCAAAUUGUAUUCAUAUCCGACAGGUCUGGUUCAUCUCAAAUUUACAUGACCCAAUCUCAAAACCCAACUCCAAUUCAACUCCCCUCCGCACCCGGAAGCCUCUUCCACGACCGUCCAAUCAUCAAAAACAAAACCCUCUACUUCAUCUCCGCUCAUGAACAACCCAAUAAACAAUUCCAAAGCUGGUCUGCUCUCUAUUCAACUGAAAUUGAUACUAACAAGAUUAUCCGGCUAACACCCUUUUCCUCCGUAGACUACAGUCCGGCAGUGUCCUUAUCGGGGAAGUAUAUUGCAGUUUCAUCUUACGGUUCUCGGAACUGGGGUGGCGAAUUUCACGAACUUCAAUCUGAUAUAGUUGUAUUUCCUGUUACAAACCCGGAGAAUAGAACUGUUGUAUCUAGUCAUGGAGGAUGGCCUACAUGGUCCGGCGACUCUACAAUCUAUUUCCACCGUCAAUCCGAUGAUGGGUGGUGGAGCAUUUACCGAAUAGAUUUACCAGACGAUUUUGAAUAUGAGAAAUCGGAUGUAAAAAUCGAAUCUUUUAGAGUAACUCCAUCCGGUGUUCAUUCAUUUACUCCGGCGGCUUUUCAUGAUGGUAAACGAAUCGCGGUCGCUACACGGCGGCGGGGUGAUAAUUUCCGGCAUAUUGAGAUCUUCGAUGAAUCCACUUCAGAGUUUUACCCAGUGACCAAAUUGUUGAAUCCUGAUUUCCAUCAUUUCAACCCGUUUGUUUCGUCGGAGGGAGAUUUUCUUGGGUAUCAUCGUUUCCGCGGCGAUGAUUCGCCGGGAGAGAAGAUAGUACCGAAUCUAUACCCUGUUACGUCGCCGAUCAAUGGUGUUCGUAUACUGAGACUUAAUGGGUUUUUCCCGUCAUUCUCGCCGGACGGCAAACUAGUCGCUUUCAAUCCCAAUUUCGAUAAGGAUUCAGGAAUGAAGAUUGUGAAAUCAGAUGGUUCAAAGAGAUGGAACUUGUUUUCAGGUCGGGUUGCUUUUUACAAUUCAUGGAGUCCUACAGAGAAUAAUGUGAUUUACACAUCAUUAGGACCGAUUUUUGGAUCUGUUAAAGCGAAUGUUCAGAUAGCUAGAGUUUCUUUCAAUCUUGAAGAUCUCACAGACGAUUUAGAACAUAUCCCAGUUAAUAUCAAAAUCCUGACUAAAGAAGGAACAGAAAACAAUGCUUUUCCGGCGUGCUCCCCGGACGGGAAAUCUAUUGUCUUUAGAUCAAGCCGUUCAGGGUAUAAGAAUCUAUACAUAUUUGACUCUGUUUAUGGAGAAACAGAUAACGAGAACAAGAACAGCAUCCGGCAGCUGACAGAAGGACAAUGUAUUGACACGAUGCCAAGUUGGUCACCGGACGGGAAACUAAUCGCGUUUUCUUCCAAUAGACAUAAUCCUGAAGAUGAACGAGCUUUCAGUAUAUACUUAAUUCAUCCUGAUGGUACAGGGCUCCGGCGAGUAUAUCUUGCCGGACGGGAGGAUGCUGAUAGGGAAAGGGUGAAUCAUGUUUGUUUUAGUGGCGAUGGAGAAUGGUUGCUUUUUGCUGGUAAUUUGGGUGGGGUGACGGCGGAGCCGGUUUCAUCUCCGAACCAGUUUCAGCCUUAUGGUGAUUUGUAUGUGGCUAGGGUUGAUGGAAGUGAGUUGAAGAGGCUGACGUGUGAUCCUUAUGAGAAUGGGACGCCAGCGUGGCAUGUGGGUGAUGAGGUGGAUUUGGGGAAUGUGGAUUUGGAGAGACAUGUUGGAGAUAAGCUUCGAAAUGGUUUGUUUGAAGAGCCACUUUGGAUUCGUUGUGACUUGUGAAAUGUUUUUGUUGUUGAUUUUUAAAUGUUAUUUAAUAAUAAUAUUGUUUUAUGAUUAAAAUAAAGAGAAUAAUAUUGUUUAAAUGUGUACUUGAAUUAUG